UGGGCUCAUCACUUCACUUACGUUCGCCCAUUUGAGCUAAGCACUAAGGACACACGGAGUGGCAAUUGAAGGGCUCACCAGCACGAGGGCGAAGUCUUGCACCCACCUUGCCACGAAAAUCACUCAUCGCGAUCGAGAGCAAGCGACACCUGCAGCGAAGAUUCCCAGCUUUUUGACUGUUAUGACGACCGCAAAUGAUAAGGGAAAGGGGAAGGAGAGGGAAUCCGAGGUUGAGACUCCUGAACAGACGAAAAACUGGGGCGGGCGGCUUCAAGACGGGAAGUGGUAUUGUGACUGCGACAGAAAGGCAAAUUGCCUGACGGUCAAGGACAAAACUAAAACCAGCUAUGGAGACAAAUUUUGGACGUGCCCCAAGCCUGUAGCUCACAAAUGCAACUUCUUCUUGUGGGUGGAGGACGAGAAAGAAGCAAAAGAGUGGCAUAUAAAACAUGGCUCACCACCACCACCUGCACCCGAGACCCCGAAGGUAAUUGAAAAGGUAUCCGAAGAAGCCCCCAAAGACCUGGGAAAUCCAUGGACGAAAUCCAUUACGAAGAGAAAGCCAAAAUCGCGAGAGGUGUCAGACGAGGACGAAACUGGCGGACCAUCGGACCAGAACGUCGAGGUGGCUGAACUAUCAGAUUUCGAAGAUGCUGACCCUUCAAGGAAGGCCGCCAAAACCACAAGGUUUGCCACCCCAGGUCAGACUGAUAAAUCGAAGAGCGCUGGAGAGUCCUUGCCAACUCCUGAUACCGGCGGGCAUGUUUUGGGUGUUGCAUCGGGAUCUAGAUCACGACCGUCACGCGGGGAUUCGCCUCCUCCGCAACUCGAAGACGCAAUAAUUCUGAGAAAUGAAAGAAAGUCAAGUCUCAGUGCUGAGGUCCUCAAGUUGAUCCGCUCUGAGAAGGUCAGGUUGAAAGAAUCAAUCGAAAUACAAAUCGAACAUGAAAUCGAUACCGAAGUGGCGUUGUAUGAGCAGAAACUGCGAGGAUCUGAAAAGACGAACAAGAAGCUAUCGAAAAGGCUUGAUGAAAUGGAGAGCAUGGUCCUGCUUCUAGGGGGUGAUGUUGCGGCUGACGACAGCGUCGAAUUUUCCGAAUGAAGAAUACUGGCUCUCAUCUCGCAUCAAACCAGUUUCUAGAACCAGACAAGCCUUACUCGAUCACGCAGACCGAAUAUUUGGCCCACGCACCUUGAGCCUUCACCUACUGAGAUUCAGGUUGGGCUCGUACAGAACUCGGAACACAUCCAAUUGUCUGGGAUAUCUCCACUGGUCUCCCACGACAUUAAGCCACUACAUUUGUGCUCAGCCAUUACGAGUUAGGUUGAUGUCAAGUAACACACGACUGCACUACGAUUGGAGCACAACCUGUCACCGGCUACGACAAUUGCGUCCCCGGCAACCAGGUGACACAGGCAAGUCCCGGAGAUACCAUACGAGAGCGCGGA